CUUAAUGGGAACAUUUACUGACACGCAAAGGAGGAGGCUUGAAGCGCUCCCUUGGAAUUCCUCCACCCUCCCUUGACUUUGGUGCCGCUAACUCCAGCCAACGGAAAUCUCGGCUCUUCGUUUAGCCCGGACUAUUGGAAAGGAAGUCCCCCCUCCCCGAGGUACAAAAACCCCGAAUAACGGGAGGAGCGUCCAGCUCUCCCACCCACCGCUCUAAUGCGGGGAGCAACGCCAGUUUCUCCCUGCCUUUGGACAGCAGCUGUUGCUGUGAAGAUGGCGAGGCGCCGCGUCCUGCUGCUUUUCCUCGCUUUCUUGGGCUCGCUUUACUAUCAGAAAGCUUAUGGGAUUGAUGUCUACACGGAAAAAGAGCAUGUCACAGCAAGAGAAUUUGAGGAGGCAAUUUUAAGCUGUAUACACAAAGCAAAGAAGGUAACCAAUCUAAGAAUAGAAUGGAAGAAAGUUAGAUCAUCGGGUGUUUCGUUUGUUUACUAUAACCGUACCUUUGUAGGUAAUUUUACAGGUCGAGCUGAAAUGUGGAAUUCAAGCAUUCGACUUAGAAAUGUGACUAGACAUGAUGCUGGGAGGUACCGCUGUGAAAUCAGUGCAGCCACAGAACAAGGACAAGAUGCAGCAGAGACCGAAGUUUCUCUUUCAGUGCUGGUCCCACCAGCUCUUCCUGUUUGUGUGGUACCCAGCUCAGCUAUGAGUGGAACAGUCAUUGAACUACGAUGUAAGGAAAAUGAAGGCUUUCCUGCCUCUAAAUACAAAUGGUAUAGGAAUGGCAUUGCUCUGCUGGAGAAUCCAGAUUCAAGAAGGGGUAAAAAAGGGAGAGUUUCUUACACCAUGAAUACUAUGACUGGGACCCUGCUGUUCAAUCCUGUUUCAAAUAAUGACACUGGAGAAUAUUACUGUGAAGCUGGAAAUGGAAUUGGACCACCUCGGAAAUGCCCUGUGAAGCGAAUGCAAGUUGAUGACCUUAAUGUUGGUGGCAUUAUAGCUGCUGUGGUAAUUGUGUCUUUAAUAAUAGCUUCCUGUGGUCUUGGAGUAUAUUAUGCACAAACAAAAGGUUACUUUUCAAAAAGAAAUUCUUCAAUGAAGAAUUCUAAGCCCAGCACAACACAAAAUGAAAAUGAUUUCAAGCACACCAAGUCCUUUAUUAUCUAAAAAAAUUCAACCUCUGUGAGGAUCACCAAACAUUGUACAAAGGGACUCUUCAACUGUGUUCUUUAGAAAUGAGUGAAUGCCGAACACCAAUGACAAUAGUAGUGAGUUAAUGUUACAAGUCGAGGACAUGUUUGUCAAAGCUGUCCAUUUUCGGAUAAUAUUUUCUCAGAUGAAAUUGUAGGUGUUACUAACAAAUCAACAUCACUGUUCUGAUGUACAAAUGAAGGCAUCAAUGUAGUAAGCAGGUGGUGACUUCUAUAAAUGAAUUAACUGAAAAAUUCUAGCUAUCUUCUAGCAACCUGGACCAGAACGGUAGCGUUCAAUGUAUUUUUCCACUGCCAAGUGUUUCUUUCAAGUGCCUUGAUUUUCAGACCAGUCAGAUGUAGUGAACUUGUGCAAGUAUAAACUUGUUGAAAUGUAGUAUCUUUACAGCUAUUUUGUUAAAAAAAAAUCUUAUAAGCCUAUUUAUGAAUUUUGUUGCUAUGAAUUAUUUGUAUAUCAUGACUGUAUCCAGUGCCUUUAAAACUUUAACAGAAUAAAUUACUUACAGGUUUGUGAUUGCACCACUGAUAAUUAAGAUGCAUCUUUAGCAUAAAAAAUUGUUGCAUUCAAUGCUGUUAAAUGAUCACUUGGAAAUCUCUCCUUAUAUAUAAAAGAAUUUUGGUGGUGGCACUCUCCAGAAAAUUCCACA